AUGAGCAAUACGCUAUUCGCCCUAGCAAGGCACCCAGAAGUCGUUGAGAAACUCCGGAAAGAGAUCCUCGACUAUGGGGACAAACCUCUGACAUUUGAAGGCCUAAGAUUCAUGGUCUACCUGAGAUGGACCAUCAAUGAGAGUCACCGUCUUUACCCAGUCAGCCUGCAGACGGUGCGAUCUUGCGUCAAAAACACCACCCUUCCAACAGGCGGUGGCGACGACGGCAAGGCUCCCAUCUUUUGCGCCAAGGGUGAUAUUGUGCACUGCAAUUGGUAUCUCAUGCACCGUGACCCGGAUCUCUGGGAGCUGAUGCCGAACAAUUUCGUCCUGACAGAUGGGAGAAGGUACGGCCAAUGUGGAACUUCGUGCCAUUUGGUGGCGGCCCUCGAAUUUGCCCAGCCCACAUUAUGGUUGACACCGAGUGCAGCUACACCAUCUUCAGGAUACUACAUCACUUUAAGGCUAUUGAAGCCAGGGACAGUGAGCCUUACACUGCUAUCAUGCGCGUAG